AUGUCAUCCGGUAAGGGCGAGUAUUUAGUCGAAGAUUUGGAGAGGAACCAGUCCCUUUCCUCCAAGGAUGAAAUUGAAUCCCAACCCAAUGUAAAGGCAGCCAACUUUACUACUAAAAUAUCUGUUAUUGACAGAUUUGCUGCUAAGCUAAAAGCGGAAACAAAAGGUAUUGAGCCCGUCACUGACAGUGAAAAGGACGACACUUCCAUUUGGAGCGCUGCCUCGAUAUGGUUCUCCGCAAACAUGGUUAUUGCUGCUUUUGCUCUAGGUUGCUUAGGUCCUGGUGUUUUUCACUUGAACUUCUGGGAGUCAGCAAUCACGAUCGUUUUCUUUUCUAUCUUGGGUUUACUUCCAGUCGCGUUUUUCUCCGUCUUUGGCGUAGAGUUAGGCUUGAGACAGAUGGUUUUAUCUCGUUUCCUUUUAGGCAACGUUACCGCGAGAAUAUUUGCACUAAUUAAUGUUAUUGCUUGUAUCGGUUGGGGUGUUGUCAACACCGUCGCUUCGGCGCAAUUGCUACACAUGGUGAACUCUACAGGGGCUAGGUGCCCUCCUUGGGCAGGUUGUUUGAUAAUCUCAACAUCAACCAUCCUCGUAACUUUUUUUGGCUACCGAGUGAUCCAUGCCUACGAGCAGUUUUCUUGGAUACCUAAUUUCGCCGUCUUCUUAGUCAUUAUAGCUCGUUUGACAAUUUCCGGUAAUUUUACUGUCGGAAAAUGGGAGGGUGGAGAUACCACUGCCGGUAACGUAUUAACAUUUGGUGGGAUCGUCUUUGGUUUCGCCUCUGGUUGGACCACAUAUGCUGCUGACUAUACUGUCUACAUGCCAAGAGACACAAACAAAAUCAAAAUCUUCCUAACCAUUGCUGCCGGCUUGAUGUUUCCAUUAUGUUUCACCAUCAUCGUGGGUGCAGCCGCCGCGACUGGUACUUGGACGAGCCAACGAUGGGCUGAAAACUACAAGUAUGAAGGUGUUGGCGGUCUAGUCCACGGUAUUCUGGUCGAAGACUCCUUGCACGGUUUUGGUGAGUUUUGCUGUGUUUUGUUAGCCAUGUCUACUGUUGCUAACCUCAUUCCAAACAUGUACUCUAUUGCCCUGUGCACUCAAGCUAUGUGGGAACCUCUCGCAAAAGUUCCUAGAGUUUUUUGGACGUGUUCUGGUAAUUUGAUUACAUUAGGUAUUGCCAUUCCUGCCUAUUACAAGUUUAACGAGUUUAUGUCUAACUUCAUGGACGCCAUUUCUUACUACCUGGGUAUCUACAUCGGGAUUGCAUUGAGUGAACAUUUCAUAUAUAGAAAGAACUUCAAGAGUUACAACAGCAACGAUUGGGAUAAGUGGGAUAAACUUCCUAUCGGCGUUGCUGGAUGUUGGGCUUUAUUCGUGGGAGCUAUCGGUGUUGCUUUGGGUAUGGCGCAAAAAUACUGGGUGGGUGAGAUUGCCGCCUACAUUGGUGAUUAUGGGGGCGAUGUAGGAUUUGAGCUUGGUUUCGGUUUUGCUGUUGUAGCGUACAACCUAGUAAGGCCUUUCGAAAUUAAGUACCUGGGACGUUAG